AUGGGAAUAAUAAUGAAAGAUUGGCUUCUUACGCUUUACUAUGAACUUAGUGCUUUCAAUGUUGGAGUAGUAAAACGUACAUUAGCAAUUGAUGAUGAUGGAAAAACGGCGUUUUGUUAUUAUGAGAAAGGUAAACCUGUUUCGGGACAAGCGAGCAUGGUUUUUAUCCAUGGAUUUUCAUCGAGUAAAGAAGCAUGGCUUCCUGUAAUAAAAUAUAUUUCUGAUGGGUAUCAUUCGAUCUUGAUUGAUUUACCAAAACAUGGCGAAACAGUGGAUUCGAAAGACGAUCCUCACACGAUUGAUGACGUUCUUGAUAAACUAAAAAUGUUUCUUGAUGCAAAAAAAUUAGUCAAUCCUAUCUACUUAAUCGGUGCAUCGAUCGGAGGUACAAUCGUUGCUUUAUUUACCAUCAAAUAUCCGGAAUAUAUCAGUAUGAUCUGUUUACUUGCACCACCUCCGAUGAAACAGUAUGAGAGUGAAUUAAUUCAACAAUUACGGGCUGGCAUGGAUCAUAUCGUUUUACCUGCGACAGUGGAAGAAUUCUAUAGUAUGGUCGAUUUGUUGACAGUGAAGAAGGUUCAGGAACCAAAAGCGUUUGUUGAUAAAUAUUUCAAAUCGCGAUUACGUGUUUUAGAACAACAGAGAGAUAUAUUGAAAUCAUUUCUCGAAUAUGAAUAUCUUCAUCUUGAACAAUAUUAUGAUCAAUUGAAAACAGUUCAAUGUCCAGCGUUGAUACUCUGGGGUCGUCAAGAUCAGUUGUGUGUCGUGGAAGCAGCUGGUUAUUUCUCCAAGUUAAUAUCCGAUUCUCAAGUCAAAAUAUUCGAUGAAUGCGGUCAUUUCAUACCUUAUGAAAAAUCAGAAGAAACAGCUAAGAACAUCGUCGAAUUCUUAGAUGUGCAUUCUUAUGAUAUCAUUGAAGUUUCAACUGCAUUUUAA